CAGAGGGCUUAAGUACUCUAUGUUAAGGGUAGAGAGAGAGGUUAUGUUUCUCCCUCACGACGAGAGUUCGCCGUGUUUGCAGCCCCAGCAGUUCCUAUUUCCUGGCAGUGUUCACUUUUUAUCCCCAGUUAUCUUUUGCUUUUCGUGAUAAUAAUUAUCACUCCACUCCAUGAUACCGUUACCAUUUCUCAUCUAUCAGACAACUCGACGAAAAUUUAAGUAUCCUAUUCAGUAAUCGUGAAGUUAUCUCUAAAUUCCAAUAUGGAGAUGCAUCAGCUGAAAUCAAAUUGGUGAUAAAUCUUGUGGAAUUUCGCUUUAUAGAUAAAUACUUCCUUGUCAGAUCGUUAUGAUGUGGGAAGUCAAGGAUUGAAAUUGCUAAAAAUGGAAAAUCAGCUGACUAAUGAGGAUAUAAAUUCAGAAAGAAAUGGAUCCAAGGAGAAUGAAGAUACGCAGAAGUGCUCAGAGAGCAGUGACGGAGAAAUCAGUGAAGCAGAAGAGGUAGUAAAGAAGCCUGCCCAUGUUUUAGGACUGCCGUCAGUGGAAUAUUCAGAUGUGAGCUCUGAAGAGUUAUCUAGUCCUGAAGCUGGUGAGAUUCAUAGUGAUGCCAGUCCUAAACGGGGUAAAUCACCUCCAUUGAACCCUCCUCCUCUAAGGGACAAAGAGCCUUUGCCACCAAAACAUUCGCAUCCAUUGUUACCCAGAGAUAUUGUUGACUCACCGCAUUUCAAUGGAAAUUCAUCACUCUCACCUCACAGUUAUUCUAGCAGUAAAAAACUGUACACCAGGGCAGAUCGUGUAUCUCCUGCAUCAUCUGAGGAAACCUCGCUUUUUGAAAAAACAGACCAGUGCUCUAAAAGAGAAAAGCGGUCAAGGAAUAGAGAUAAGAAGUAUAAAAAAUGCAGAUCUAGAUCAAGUCCUUUAACUUCUAAAAAGAAGAAAAAACGAAAGAAAAAGAAAAAAUACAAGCAUCGUAGUCCAAGUGUCAGUUCUAGCAGCAUAAGUGUAAAUCAAGAAGUUAAAGGAAAUUCAGACAUCUCUACAGCUGGUUCACCAAAAAUUGGUCAGUUAGACGAAAGCAAAGGUAUCAAAACUCCAGAGAAAGAUUGGGAUAAAAUCUCAGAAGUUGAAAAGUUCAGUCCUGUGGGUACUCCUUCUCAAAGAUUGCCUCAUGAACCGCCUGCAUUCAAUGAUCAAGACUGUGAUUACCGGUUGUGCUCUCCUGUCAAAGUUUCGAGUGGCCAGUCGCCUUCAUUAGGUGGAAAGAAACUUUACCAUUCACCUGUGCCUAGCAGGAGACUUCCUGAUCAUAUCUCAAGCCCAACUGCUGAUCGCUUACGUCUACGAAGUCCUGGCAGUUAUGAAUUAGAUGAUUCAAGAAAGAGGAGAAGACCAAGAGAAAUUUAUGAUGAUGAAUCCGACGAAGAUCAAAGGUAUCGGUGGUAUCUGGAAAGAGAAAGGAAAAAGCUAUCAAGAAGGAGAAACUAUCGCUCAAGGAGUCGAUCACUUUUAAGAGGAAGGAGAUCAGUGUCACGCUCAAGAAGUCGCUCAACAGAACGUAGGCUACGAAGGCGCUACAGUAGAUCACCAAGUUUUUCGCGAAGUAAAAGGCGAGGUAGAUCUUCCUCAGCAUCUUGGUCUGGAUCACCAAAACGAGGUAGACCAAAUCGUUCGCCAAGUCCUUCCAUGCAGAAGUUCCAUGAAAUCAGCGCCAAAGUUAAUAUUGGUCAAACAAGUUUAUUUGCUGAACUUGUUAAGGAUAGGCAAAAUCGAGAAAAAGCGCUGAAGCUUUUAGAGGCAACUGCUGAAAAAGAGAAAAAAGAGUUAGAAGAAGUGAAGAAAGACGCAAAGGCUGUUGUAAAUAAUGAUGUAAAAAAAGAAUCAUACGCCACUAUUGCCACUAGCAGUACAACAGAUAGUCCUGAUGGUGUUAAAGAUAACAAAUUGGGGCAGUCAGAGAUUUCUCCCAGUCAUACUCCUGUUCUCCCCUGUAGAGCUUCUUCACCAGUAUGGAAAAAAACUGGAGAUGACAAAGAACUCAGCGUAAAUGAAUCAGCAAUCCACUGUUCUAAUAAUACACCUAAAAUAAAAAAUGAACCUUUGCUCAGCCCUAAUAAUAGGCUAGAAGACAGUCAGCUGGACACUGCAAAAGGGAAAAUGCCUGUAAAAGUUGUGAAGGAAUCUAUCCUGAGCUUGGAUUUACCAGGACUAGAAGUUGUAAGUUCUGAUGAUGAUGGUCCAGUCACUCCUCCAUCAUCAGAAACAAGAAAUCUUGAUCGUUCUGUAACCCUUGGAAGCAAUGCCGGCUAUGCUAAAACUUCAAUGAGCAUGGCUUAUUGUGGAACUGCGAAAUUGAAGCGGCCGAAAAUAGUUCACAAGAGACGCCCCUCGAGAAAUAUUUAUCCACCUUUCGAAGGGACCAAUAAAGAUUGGGGAGAGAGGUGUGUUGAUGUGUUUGAGAUGAUAGCACAAAUUGGUGAAGGAAUGUAUGGUCAAGUGUACAAAGCGAGAGACAGACAAGCAGGUGAUUUUGUUGCUUUGAAGAAAGUCAAAUUAGAAAAUGAAAAAGAAGGAUUUCCGAUCACAGCUGUAAGAGAAAUUAAAAUCCUUCGUCAGCUGAACCAUCGGAACAUUGUCAAUCUUCGUGAAAUCGUCACUGACAAACAAGACGCACUGGAUUUUAGAAAAGAUAAAGGCUCAUUCUACCUUGUGUUCGAAUAUAUGGACCAUGACUUGAUGGGACUUCUUGAGUCAGGAAUGGUUGAUUUGACGCCGUACAAUGCUAGUAUCAUGCGACAGUUACUAGAUGGAUUAAGCUAUUGCCAUAGAAAGAAUUUUUUACAUCGAGAUAUCAAGUGCAGUAAUAUAUUAAUGAACAACAGAGGUCAAGUAAAAUUAGCAGACUUUGGAUUAGCUCGGUUGUAUAAUGCUGAGGAUCGACAAAGGCCAUACACAAAUAAGGUAAUCACCCUCUGGUAUCGACCCCCAGAAUUACUGCUUGGAGAGAAGCGAUAUGGACCAGCAGUUGAUGUUUGGUCCUGUGGUUGCAUAUUAGGUGAAUUGUUCCUCAAGAGACCGCUUUUUCAGGCAAGUGAGGAAAUGAUGCUUCUAGAUAUCAUUUCUCGCCUGUGCGGCACGCCAACUCCUGCUGUCUGGCCAUCAGUGAUCAAACUUCCUUUGUGGCACAUGUUAAAACCGAAGAAAAUUCAUAUGAGAAGACUCAAGGAAGAGUUUUCAUUCAUGCCCUCAUCGGCUCUAGAUUUAUUGGACAAAAUGUUGGAGAUAGACCCUGAGCAUAGAUUCUCAGUCGACCAAUGUCUUAAAUCAACAUGGCUCAAAGAUGUAGAUCCUACUACGAUGCCUGUCCCUCAGUUACCAACAUGGCAAGACUGUCAUGAGUUAUGGAGCAAAAAAAGGAGGCGACAGAUACGGGAGCAAGAAACAAACAUCAACAAUGGUGGGAAAGCAACUUUAUUGAAACAUAAGUCGUUCGAAGAGUACUCUGGGUCUACAGAUGGCGGUUCUUCCAGAACGUUAAAGAUGGAGGCCGGAGGAUUCCUCGGUGGCCCAGAUGAUUCAAACCAACAGAUGCAUACAUCUCCUCUAACCCCUUUACAUUUACGCAAAAUCAGCAAUCCUAAAACUCCUCCCCUUUUUAAUCAUCAACCACCAUUGGAUGACGAAUUUGCUGCAGCUCUUUAUCGCCAGUUGUCUGUAAUUUCUCAAGCACUGCUCAAUAAGCAACCUGUGACCAUUCGUCAGUUAAUGGCGCUUCGUAAAGAUCAAGAGCAACUUGACCCAAAAGCAAGGAGCCUUGUAGAUAUGCUGCACUCAGAAUUACAAAAAGCCGCACUGUCCAAUAAGUCAUCCAGUAAAUUUGACCAAAAUAAUCAGGUGUUUUAUCCGCAAGAGUGUGGAUUUGGUAGAGGGAAAUUUAAUGCACAUGCCGUCUACACUGGAGAGAAUGCCUCAUCCGCCAGCUCCUCUAGAGUAAAUUACACAAGCCUUGCUUCUGAAGCGGUUCGAUCUACUUUAUCUGCCUUAUUAAAAUGUUUUAAUUUACCUGCUCCCAUUCCAAAUCAUUCUGGGUCAGUCUACUAAUUGUCUGUUAUCUUUGGUUGUUUAUGUCUUAGAUCUGUUUCUUCCAGUUUGUUCAAAGUUACUUUAUUGACCUCCACAUUAAGUAUGACCAGUAAAUACUUGGCAUUCAAUUACAUCUCACUACAAGGGGCAUCCAUGAAAUAAUCCUCUCUAUUUUUGAACCUCUAAAGGGGAGGCUACGGAUUGUCCCUCUCAGAAUGGGUUCAAAUUCGGCAGAGAGGUAGAAUAGGUUAAUAUAAGAAACCGUAUUAUUUUUAGGUGCUAAUGCCCAGCCAUUUUUGAGUUAUAAAUUUUCGAAGUUGCCGUUUUUUCGUGUCAGCAACGCGCUCAAGUUGAGCCUACUGUGCGCGCACCUUUUAAUGCGAUCCGAGUGACUCUCAAGUCCUGUGAGGCCGUUGGCCAAGCGGCAGCGCGCUCGCCCAUGGUGCCGCAGGUCUGGGGUUUAAUGCUUCUUCCGAAACUUUAAUUUUUACAAUUGAUUAUUUUGUUUUUUAAUUGCUUAAUCAGAACAAAUUGUAAGUCACCUUGUGAACGUUAUGAUCCUAAUUAUUUUUUAUGUAUUUUUUAUUUAUUUUUAUUUUUUUAUGAUUGUUUCACAAAAUCGGAAAAAAAUAUAAUUAGUAUCAUAACGUUUACAAGGUCACUUACAAUUUGCUCUCAUAAAGCGAUUAAAAAACAAAAGAAUCAAUCGUAAAAAUUAAAUUUUCGGAACAAGCAUCAAAUCCCAAACUCGCGGCGCCGUAGGCGAGCGCGCUUCUACUUGGCCAACAACUUCACAUUAUCCGAAGAUUCUCGGAUCGCAUUAAAAGGUGCGCGCACAGUAGGCUCAACUUGAGCGCGUUGCUGACACGAAAAAACGGUAACUUCAAAAAUGCAUUACUUAAAAAUAGCUGGGCAUUGGCACCUAAAAAAAAAAAUAUGGUUUCUUAUAUUAACCUAUUCUACCUCUCUGCCAAAUUUGAACCUGAUCGGAGGGGGACAAUUGGUAGCCUCCCCUUGUAAAUAGGAAGGUAAAUUGAAACAAUGAAUAUGCAUAAUCACAGCUUUCAGGAUAAGCCCAACUUUUUGAAAAUUAAUUGCGGUAUUUGCAAGAAAAUUCCCUUUGACUGAAGCAACCUUUUGUUGGGACAAGCCUACCUCCCAGUGCUUUAGUAAAUCACAACAAAGUUUCCCUCAGGAUAACGAGUGCUUGAAGUCAGAUAUUUGAACAAUUUUCAUCCUCAUAAUCCCAGCUUUAAUUUGAUGUAUCAGUUUCUUAUAUUCAAUCAACCAGUUCCUGAGAAAGUAACAUCUCAUGAAAACCUCUCUAUCGCAGCCUGUGAUUAUAGUUAAAUAUGACGUCGGAUUGCAUGCUCAGUAAAUUUUUAAUUUCGCUCUAAAAAUUGCAGCAAAGAUCUGCAUCUGCAGGUUUUUGAAAAAAAUCUGGUUUGCUUGCUGAUCGGUGAUCAAAAGCGUCAAAUGAAUGCUUUAAAGUAAACCUGAGAAUAUGAGGUUCUGAAUAAAUACAACAUCCUUGCUCUCAGCACCUAUUGCUCUCGAAGGAGCACUUCAGACACUUUGCUGCGAUUUGCCAAAGAUCCAGGAGUGGCAGCUGCUGGCUAGUAGGGACGUGAGGUCCUCUCUGGGAAUUUGAGUUUUUUUUCCCAAGCCCUCUGACUGAUUUUCAAAAAUUUGGGCGUUUUUUGAAAACUGAGGGUAUGCCUCACAGGUGCCUCUUUAUGGAUUUGAUUUAUCUCCUUCCAUUCAAAAGGUUUUAAACAGGGAAGCUGACUCUAUGGAUGGCUUUCACACUUUCAAACUCAACAUACUCAGGAUAAAGCGUUUAUCAGAAGUGUUGUAAGGAGGAUGAGUCUCAUCACCUCUCUGACUGAAUUAUUCAAUAGGUUUCCUUUCUUUACCCUCUGUCCUUCUCUGGACAUCUUUGAAUUUUUUCAUCAGUGUCAUUAUCAGUAAAUGAAUAUUUGCACUGACUAAGUGAUGAAUAAAAUUCAGGGUAGUUUACAUUGCAUUCUCUGUGUACCGUUUUAAAGGAUAUUUAGGGCGAUUAUCAAUUAAUUGUGCUGUCCUGAUAAAAUCCAAUCCAUCACAUGAUUAGUGGCAUUGAAAAUACUUCAAUUUUUUUGUGAUUCAUGAGCAUUUUGUAAAUAAUCAGUUACCAGUUUGAGAUACGCAGAAAAAAGAGUCUUUUUAGACUAAAAUAAUUUUAAGUAUGAAAGAUUUGGAAUUGUAAUUCUGUAUUAGACUCAGUGGCAGAUUCAAUUUGUAAUUAAAUUCUGUUAGGCUAAAUUGUGACAUUUUCAUUGCUUGUCUUCUAAAAACUAAUGUCAGAAAAAGCCCUAUUUCAGACAAAAAGUCAGUAACAGGAGGUAUGAGUCUAACUAGUGUACAUUUUCUCCAGCCCGAAGUUUAAAGUCGAGGAAAAGUAUUUUGAAUUUGAAAAGAGGUUCAACUGUAAACAAUAACAAUGAUCUUAUGGAGGGAUAGAACUACAACUCUUUCUCUCAGUUCAAAAUCUGUGUGACGUGGUAUCUUUCUGCUGAACUUGGUCCUUCAUCUGGUACAAGUAUAUUUUAAGGUUAUGAGGACUUUUUAAAGAAUAAAGCUCUUUACUGUUUCUACCAGAAAGCCAGUAGAUGUUUAAGAGGUCACUAGCAAGUUGCAAAUUUUUUAUCAUUUAUUUUUAUCUUUUAUCCUGAAACUUAGUUGCGACUUAGACUCACUAGUAUUACUUCACAAGGGCAUCAUCACAUAUCAUUCCGGUUUGUGAAUUUGACUUGAA